AUCAAGAACGACGUGGAUAUAACGACGAUAUAACGACAUCUGUUUUGCGCGUUAUACAAUGCUACGUCUACACCGCGGCCGAAGUAAGCUCGCUCGUCUGUAAACACAAAUUAUAUUCGCAAUGUGAUCGCAAGCACUCGUCGACAGCAGGACUCCUCGCUUGUCGAAUAUAGCAAUUUUCUUUUCAUAAAUUUCUCUUCACGCACAGGAACUCUUCGUUCUUAGGAUAAUCUCUCGCUGACCUCCAUUCUGUUUGUUGUUUGUGAAACAAACAGAAGCCGGGGCUUCUCCGGCGACUGUCGCCACGGUGCAGCGUCGGAUCUCGCCUCCCGGGCCUCUCGCGGUGAUCGGUGACGUCUCAAGAUACGGCAGGCAUUAUAUUGACUCGCAUCGGUUUUCUCGACAGCAGUCGCGCGUAUUGUCUUUCGAAGUGACGACAUGGCAUCUGCAAUGAGCGAAACAUAUAAAACCAAUUCAACGGACAACUGUUACAAGACCCGCAGAAACAACGUUCCCAUAAUCCACGUCCGCGGCACCCACUACGAGAUCGGCUACGACAUCGGGCACACCUUCGCCGGAAUGAUUCAAAAUUUCGUGGACAUCUACUCGCCGCUCAAUGACACUUAUCUGCCGUUGUUCGCGACCGAGGAGGGCAGAAAGGUUUACGAAGAGACCCUCGACGUGGUGAAGAAGCAGUUCCCGCAGUACGUGAGGGAGAUUCAGGGCACAGCGGACGGUGCGAACGUACCGUUCAGUAAGCUGUUUCUGAUGCAUCUCGAUGAUAUUAUCUCGAAUGUCACCGGUAAAGCGCAGGAGACCGCGCUUCCAGUUGGCUGCACAACCAUCAUAUGCAAUCAACCGGGACAGGAGAUCCUGGGCCAUAACGAAGACGCUCUCAGCGAGACCAUGAACCACUGGUAUCUCGUGAGCGCCCACGUCGUCGAGGCCGGCCACAGAGAGGAGAAGUUCACAUCGCUGAGUUACGCCGGUUUCCUGCCGGGCUACACGAUGGGUUUCAACCACCACGGUCUCGUUUACAGCAUCAACACCCUCAGCGCCGCGGUCCUGCGAUCCGGCAAGACCCCGCGCUACUUCUUGGCGCGAGCGCUGCUGGGCGUGGAGAACUUUGUGCAGGCGCAGCAGGUCCUGAGGGACGAGGGUUGCGGUGCGGCGGAGGGCUUCUCGGUGAACAUGACGUUCCUCGCGCAAGAGGGAGACCGGAUGUUUCACAACGCCGAAGUGGGUCCGGUUGAAGCGGACGGCGUCCGGUCGCAGCUCAACAUCCUGACCGUCAGCCCUGGCGAGAACACGUCGCAUUGCAACAAGUAUUUGCGGCUGAAGGUGGCCGAAGCCGAAGGAUUGAUAAUACAAAGCAGCGUGAGAAGGAUGGAGGCGGUCUGCAAGCAUCCGCCAGCUGAGUGUCGUCAGGACGUGAUCGAUAUUCUCAGCGAUCAGACGGACAACGAAUUCAGGGUGUAUCAAGAGAUCGAUCGCAACGAUUACGUGAAAACGCUCGCCACAGGUAUUUUCGAUUGCAUCGAGAAAACAUGGUCCAUCUAUGCGGACAAGCCGCGAUGCAAUGAGCCGAUACUGGUGAUACCCAUAGAAUUAAGGGAUGCGCUGGCACGAUGCGCCAAAACGGAGAGAUAAUUCCCUCCCUCGCUUCUCAUCUCGACCGGAUUUCUCCUUGCAUCGCGCUUGCAUUCGGCGUGUCGUGCAGGCAACGGGAGUAUGUGAGAGAAACGAAUGUCAUGCGUAAUUAGAGACAACCAAGCCUAUGUGAAAUUGUCCUUUUGCCAACUAAUUGAAAGCGCAAAAAAGAAACAAAGAUUAGAAAAAGGAAUGACUAAUAUUCUGAUUAUUCACACGCAAGUUGACGUAACGCGACGCAACACGGUUGAGGAAGAUGAGCGAUUUAGUCGCUUAGAGAUCAGUCAGUUGAUGAGAAAGACGUCAACUUUUAAAACAUUUGGAGAUUGCGCCCUUGCGCUGCGUAGGAUAAGAAGAGUUCUCGUUAUGUUCUGUUAAGUAAUAAAUGAAAUUUUAUAUAAUUUAUUUUAAAUCCGAUAUUUCGAUCGGCACUUUGAAAUUUUUGCUGAUACGAAUAGCCGAAUAUAGAACACUGUCAGUAUUGUUUUUCGGUGUACAUUUGCUGAGAAUAAAAUUUCAUGAUACUUGUGAUUCAUGUGGUUUUCAAUAAAAGUUGACAAAAUAUAUAGCUCAUACAGGAAGAAGGAAGAGAGAAAGAGAGAAAGAGAGAGAGAGAGAGAGAGAGAAGAAAUAUUUGCUGCUGUAUUAUUUCGUAAUUUCAUCUUUAAUUUCCUGAUAUUUUUUCUUGGUGUGAGUACAUUAUUAUUUAAGUUUCUCUCGAAAUCGUCCAAUUGAUUAAUUCAAUAUAAAA